AUGAAUUCUGGGCUCGGCCGGUCGUGCCUAGAGCGCGGGGGGUUUAACGGGCCUCCGCUCCAGCAGCUGCAGUUUGUGCGGCGUCCCGCUCCGCCCAUGGCCUCCGCGCUGGAAGACCCCGUCUUGAUCCAGCCUUUCCGCGGCCAUAGCGCGGCGGUGACGGGCGUCGCCUUCAACGCGGAUGCCGCGGGGCUGGCUACCUCCUCUUUGGAUAGAUGUCUUAUGGUGUGGAAGCUGAAGGCACAAUGCAGAGCUUACAGAUUUGUAGGCCAUGCAGAAGCAGUGACCAGCAUACAGUUCUCACCAGAUGGGCAGCUACUUGCUUCUGCUUCUCAAGAUCGUACUAUCAGACUAUGGAUUCCUUGCAUUCACGGGGAAUCAUCAGUACUGAAAGGUCAUACAGCAUCUGUUCGUAGCGUGAGCUUCUCUCAUGAUGGCCAGUCUCUAGUUUCAGCAUCCAAUGAUAAAUCAGUAAAAAUAUGGAGUGUUCGCCACCAGCGCCUUUUGUUUUCCCUGUUCCAGCACACUCAUUGGGUUCGCUGUGCCAAAUUUUCAACUGAUGGAAGACUAAUAGUAUCUUGCAGUGAGGAUAAAUCUGUUAAGAUCUGGGAUACGAGAAAUAAAACUUGUAUUGACAGCUUCUUAGAUUAUGGAGGAUUUGCAAACUAUGUGGAUUUCAACCCAACUGGUACAUGUAUAGCUUCUGCAGGUUCCAAUCAUGUGGUGAAACUGUGGGAUAUUCGAAUGAAGAAGCUGCUGCAGCACUACAAAGUUCACAGAGCAGGUGUUAAUUGUAUAUCAUUCCAUCCUUCUGGUAAUUACCUCAUCACUGCUUCCACUGACAGUACCCUUAAGAUUUUGGACCUGUUAGAAGGAAGACUUAUUUACACUCUUCAUGGACACAAGGGACCUGUGCUUUCUGUGGCUUUUUCAAAAGGUGGUGAAAAAUUUGCCUCAGGUGGAGCAGAUGCUCAGGUAUUACUAUGGAAAACCAACUUUGAUUCAUUUGAUUAUAAAGAAAUUCUUGAACAUCAUAUUAGAAGAACACAUAUUGAUGAUCCUCCUCAUCUUCUUGAUAUUUACCCGAAGUCACCUCAUCUCCAUGAUGAAAAACUUCAGUCAGUUGAGGUCAACCCUACCUUUGAUUUGACUAAUACACAAACACUUGACCCACCUGUCAUAGAGAUUAGUUCAUCUUUCAGUAUUCCGCAAUAUUUUAAGGUCUUUGUUACUUGGACUACAGCCUUGAGGACAACUACUCUGUCCAACAUAUUUACUAUUGACAGAAAUCCAGAAACCAAUUGCAUAUUUCCUCUGCCACUACCAUCCUUCCCUAUAAAUUGUGUCAGCAGUGAAGACCUGCAGUAUCCCCCUGCUUCAGUCUUGGCAACAAGUUCAAAAAGGAAGUCAGAGAAUGAGAAUGAAUCAGCUGUACAUAAUGUGAACAAGCGAACAGGCAUCUCUCCCUCCCUGGGAAAUGCUUUGGAGCACAUUGUGGAGCAGCUGGAUGUUUUAACUCUAACUAUUUCAGUCCUGGAACAACGUCUGACUAUGACUGAAGAUAAAUUGAAAGAAUGCUUAGAAAAUCAGCAAAAAAUGUUACUUCAGGGAAGACAGGAAGAAUAAGAGCUGAAAGUGAACUGUAUUAAUAAAUAUGUUUCAUAUAUUUGCAAGGAAAUAAUAAAAGUUACUUUGUUAGAUUUUGCUAUAAGCAAAAAAAAAAAAAACCCAAAAUCCUCCUAACAAGUCAAUGCAAUAAAAACAGGAAAAAAAAAUAUACAGCUCAUUUUAAACAUUAGUAGCAACCACAUAUUCUGGUUAUGUAUUUAAUAAAGUGGAGCCAAACCAAAACUAAUAUUUUCUAAAAUCAUUCUCGUUGAAUGUUGCAGGACUAUUUAUUUCAAUCUAAUAAGAUCUUUGACUACAACUAAGCAUCAAGCUGCAUAUUUUUAGAUAAAUAGCAAUUACUAUGGAAGUGCACUAUGCAGGUUUUUUAACUCAGGUAAGGACUGUUAAAAUAAGUCUCUUUGUGCUAAAGCAACACUACUCAAACACCUAAAUUAGUAAGACCUAAUUAGCCCUAACUCCAAAAACACCGCGAGGUUUCUUUGUGCCUUACAUAUUCUCAAAUGUUUUACCAAAAAUUAGCAACAGUUACUCUAUAUCUUCUCAGCACUUUAGCAGUAACUGCAGGAGUUACAAAUAUGAAAAUAGUCACUUUGAAGCUAUAAUUGCAUCUAUGUGAGUUCAGAUGCAAGACUGAUGCAGUGAGGCACUGUUGCUUAUAUCAUCCCCAUCAAAAUUCAUUUUUCAUAUUUAGAAAAAUAAAAACCAGCUUCAUACUUUUGAAGACUAUACCUGAACCAAACACAAAAUGAUGCAAAAUCUGUGAAUGUCUGUGAAAUCUGUGAAAGUUAAUGCCUUAACAAUGAGGCGAUAAAUCAGGAGAGACU